ACCAGAAUUGAAUGCUCACCUGCGGCAUUGCUCAAGUAAUGGGGGAAAAGAGAAGCAAAAUUUCUCUGCAUCCUUGACAAUGCCAUUGAAAUUACUUUCUCCCAGGCAGGAGGUAAAAGUAAAUCUUCCUGUGUCAGCGGAUACUAGUUUGGAACUCAAGUUACGCACAAAAACCUGCUCAGAACACCUCGAUAUACGUUUGGGAUUUGAUCUCUGUGGAGAGGAGGCGGCUUUUCUACACAAGCGAAAGAAAGUGGUUGCUGCUGCUCUGAAAACUGUCUUCCAACUAGAAGAGGAUCUGUUAGAACAUGAGGUUCCAGUAGUGGCAGUCAUGGCAACUGGUGGUGGAUGCCGAGCAAUGACAUCUCUUUGUGGGCAGCUCUCGGGACUUAAGAAACUUAAUAUUUUGGACUGCAUAACAUACAUCAGCGGUACCUCUGGCUCAGCUUGGACCAUGUCAAAUUUAUAUGAAGAUUCUAAUUGGUCCCAAAAAGAUCUGGGAAGGCCAAUUGGUGAGGCCAAGAAACACCUGACAAAGAACAAGACCAACACUUUUUCUCUGGAGCAUCUGAUUUAUUAUCAAUGGGAACUGAGCCAGAGGGCUAAGGAGGGCAUCUCCACUUCUUUCAAUGAUCUGUGGGCAGUGGCUCUUGAGGAUAUCUUGCAUGAUAAGGUGCAUGAUUUUAAACUUUCUGAUCAGCAGCGGGCUGUGAAUCAAGGGCAGAAUCCCCUACCGCUCUAUUUAGCCCUUAAUGUGAAAGAAAACCACAUUUCUUCCUUUGAUUUUAAAGAAUGGUGUGAAUUUUCUCCUUAUGAAGUUGGUUUUCUGAAAUAUGGUGCAUACAUUCGCUCAGAAGAUUUUGGAAGUGAAUUCUUCAUGGGACGACUAAUGAAGAAGAACCCAGAGUCCCGUAUCUGUUAUUUAGAAGCAUUAUGGAGCAAUAUUCUUGCUGUGAAUCUGCUUGAUGGCUGGAAUAAACUGAGCAGUACAGAUGAAGCUUGGCAGAAACUUAUUCAAAGCAAAAUAAGGAACAUUGAGAAAAAUCAUGUUCGACCCGAAAGCUCCACCUACUUAGGAACCUCUUGGAUGUGUCCUGAUGGGAUGCUCUGUAAGAUUAUAAAGGACGUUUUAACUGAUCGUCCAUUGCACCAUCAUGUCCAUAACUUUCUUAAAGGUUUCCAUAUGCAUAAGGACUACUACCAAGGGAGUCAAUUCUCUACGUGGAAAGACUGUCAACUGGACAAAUUCCCUAAUCAACUUACUCCAUCAGAAAAUGGCAUCUGCUUGGUUGAUGCUGCAUAUUUCAUCAACACGAGUUGUCCCCCACUCUUGAAGAAGGAGAGGAAAGUGGAUGUCAUCUUAUCAUUUGAUUACUCCCUGGACACCCCUUUCCAGUCUAUAGAACAAACAGAAAAAUACUGCUUGAAGCAAGGAAUUCCUUUCCCCAGGAUUUUACUGAGUGACGAAGACAAGAAGAAUCCAAAAGAGUGUUACCUGUUUGUAGAUGAUGAGAAUAAAAAUGCUCCUAUUGUGCUUCACUUCCCACUUGUGAAUGAUACAUUCCAGAAAUUCAAAGAACCAGGGGUGGAGCGCGAGCAACCAGAGAUGGAAGAAGGCAAAGUACUGCUUGCUGGCUAUUGCUGGCCAUACCACCUGAUGAAUUUCACUUACACAAAGGAGGACUUUGACAAACUCCUGAAGCUGACUGAUUAUAAUGUCCAGAAUAACAGAGACUUGAUACUUCAGGCUUUCUCCAUUGCCAUGGAAUGGAAAAAAUGUGGGAGGCAGUGAAAUUAAACAUCCAACCCACUUGAUCUCCUUUAACUCUUUGCCUGCUCCCGCUUGCUGCUAUUAGGAUCUCAACUGUUGCCUGACUUCUCUGUCCUGGUAUACCAUCAACUCUUUUGCUUUUCCUUUGCAGGAAGAGAAAGGUUGAUAAGUCAAUGCCAUAAAACCUAAAAUAGCCAAAGGCUGCAGACUUAUUAGAAAGUACAUUCUAUUUAACUCCAUGAAACUUACUUCUCAGCAAGCAGACUUAGAAGUUUGCAUAAGAACUCUAUAAUGGAGAAAUUUGUCUUGCUUUUGCUUGUCUUCUUUGCUUCAAAGGAAUCUUAGCAUCAAGGAAAAACAAGCUUGUGCCUUUUUCAAGCACUUAAAAGAUACUUUGGGAAAAAAGAGGGGAAAGAAGUCUGGGUAAAACAUACCACUGAAUGCUCAAGUCAGGCAUAUAUAUAAUCAGCCGGUAUUAGAACUUUGUGUACUUGUUUGCAUGAUACAUUCAGUAACAAUGAUUGUGGUCAUAAGCUAUAUGUAACAUGAGCACUGGCAAUGGCUGAGGGGAAAUUACUUUGUGCCAGUGCAUGCUAUAUUUUUUAAUGUCUAGCCUGCAUUUGGUCUGCAUUUGAGAUCUGAUUCUCACAAGACACGCUCCUCAAGGCCAAAUUACUACAGCCACAAUCACUAUUACAAUUUAUAUACUUUUCAACAUAAGUAAAUACACAACC